UUGCUUGAGUUCGUAUUGUUCGUGUGUUCUUGCACACAAAAAAACAGAUUUUUGAUGUAACAAAACCAAUAUGUAAAUAUUAAGAAAACUAGUGAAAAGAAAAGAUUUCACCGGUUGGACUGAAUUCAUAACCUAACCCAGCGUAUUGACCAAGUUAACAACGGAACUGAAAAAAAACCAGUGGAGGUGACACCUCAAAAAGCGAUUCAACGGACCGAACGCUUCAGAGGGGAUAAUGUCAAACCAGGCGCAGAUCGACUACGACCAGCAGUUCCAGGAUGACCUGGCCAAAGCGACCGCAUUGAGUCUGGAGCAGCAGGCCCUCGACGAUUAUCGGCGGAACAAGAAGUACGGCUCCGGCUCUGGCUACCAGCAAAGCAGCUCCCUAGCUGGCCGGGAUUACCAGACGGCGCAGCGUAGUCAGAGCAUUCACCAAGCUCGACGGCACUCGGAAGUUCAUCAGGUGGCAGUCAGUCCGGGAAAUGUGGAACGUUCGCGUACGCCGCCGGCUCAGGGAUCGGAUAACGACCUGAUUUGCUUUGCAAGUCCCACCAGCAAGCAGCCGGAGAGUAGCACCCCCUUUGGCAAACUGAUUGAGGAUCUGCAGCGUAUGCAACCGACCAAUCCGCAGUCGGCUCUCGUGCCCAUGGGACCAGUUGCAGCGGGUUCGCUUCCGGCUCAUUACGGCUAUCCUCCUCACCAGCAACAGUCGGUCCCAGUCCAACCCCCUUCGUAUGGCAUGGUGGCAGCAGCAGGAGGAGCAGGAGCAGGAGCAGGACCAUAUGGUGAAAUGCAGUUGGUCCCUUACCAACCCGCUGUCCAACAGCAGAGGCCACUGAACAACGAGGAGCUCCAGCGGCUGUAUAGCAUGCCCACCCAAAUGGCCGUGGCUCCGGUGCCGCAACCCAGCGCCUAUUUGUAUUAUCCGGGAGCAGUGGUUUCGCCUUACACAGCGCCGAUAGUUCCCGGAUCGGCUGCCUUUAUGCCGCCGCAUUAUCCUGCACAGGGAUACGGGUUUGGAGGUGCCUACACACACAUGGAUUUGCGGCGACCUCAAUCGCAACCAGCUCCUGUAGCACCGCCAACAAGUCAUCACAGCCAACCGUCCAAUCAUUCCGUUCCUUCCUCCUCGGUGGAGGCCAAUGGAGUAGCCUUCCCGGCGCGCCGUCAAGUGCUCUCGACUGGGAGUGUCAGCUCCAGUAGUCACAUUGGCAACAAUUCGAAUGGCCCACGCAGGGGAAACGACUUGAUAGACCUCAACCAGGAGGAUUACUCCCGUGUGAGUGUGCUGGAGGCAUUCGAUCCCCUGCUGAACGACAAUACUGGAAACGACAGCGCCUCCGACAGCACCUCCUACUAUGCGGAAUACGAUCCCUUUGACUUCCUGUACAGCGGUGAUGCGGGCACCCAAUACUCGGAUCCCAUGUACGAGGCCGUCAACAGGUGGGACAAAAGUGCGGCCACCGUGAGUCCGAGUGUGGGCCUGAUUGGCUGGCGGCAAGAUUUUCUAACGCAGCCAUCAACAUCGUCAUCGUACCUUGGUCAAGCACCACCGGAGGAGAGUGUGAAGCUGUCCGAGAACGGAUCGGGAAGUAUCUCCCCGCCUCCACCGUUGCCGCCAAGGAACCAGCAGCUCUACGAAUCCAACCAGGCACCCGUUCCGGCUACGAAAUCUCAUCAGCCGCCUACUCUGUUGACAGACAGCUACACCUCCAGCAUUCCGGCCAAUGUGGUGCUGGAUCGCCGGAAAACCUGUACGCGUCUGUACGAGGUGAUCAGCGAGCAGCGCACAGAUGAUCCCGAGCUGCUGGAGUUCUACCACAUGGUUAAGGAGAUCAGGGCACGCUAUCCGCACGACGAUGCGACCACCAACGUUGGCCAUGUGGUGGCUGCCGAGUUCAAUUACCACUACAUGAUGGACACCAGCAUCAAGGUAAUCGUGCAUCCGGCUCUGAACACCCUGCAAUCGCACGUUUUGGCCGCCUCGAUGGCCAAGGAGCAGGUGAAAGGGUAUGGAAUGCCUGUUACCUUCACCUGUGACAUUGACUCAGUUGUGGCUCAGGUGGUGGCCCAAGCCGUGGCCUCGUUGGAGGGUCAGGUGAAAAGCACCGCCACAGAUUAUGUGGUCAAGCCCAUUGGUCUACUGGAGUGGCUGGCACCCACCUCGAAACUCAGUCAGUUGGAGUGCGUGCACAACAGCUUCCAGUUGGAGAAGGAUGUGCACCUGGGCCUGUGCCUCAGUACGACGGUCAACAUGCAGGCAAUUGCAAGAACUGAGUGGGAUGAUGAGCACGAUUCGGACCUGAUGCCGGAGCAGCUGCUGCCCAACGAGGUGGUGCCGAUUGUGACCUACGACAACAUGAUGAUACUCAUCGAGACACUCGAGAUGGAGAUCGACAAGCUGGAGUCGGCGGCCGACGGAGUGCCCGGACGCAGUGUGGUCAGCUGCUCCGGUGUGGUGCAGGCGGUGAAGGCCAUUUGCGCCCUGCUCGGCUCCAUCGAUACGCUGGAAAUUGCACGAUGUGUGCACGAUCUGAAGCGCAUCUGCGAGGUGGAGCAAAAGAAGUUCUCGACGGGGGCCAGCAAUCCGGAGAUUGUCAGUGACUACGGUGACUAUGCCCAAGUCGUCCUCCGUCCGCGUUCGAUGCUCGAGCAGAUCAAGGUUAAGUGCAAUGAGCUGCGCGAUGCCGUGCAAGAGCUGGUUGAGCUCUAUGCGAAUGUGUUCCGGGUGGCGUUCUCCGUACGGACUCCAGAUUACUCCACAACUCCCAUACCCAUCUCCUGUGUGUCCAAGCCCAUUGUGGUCAGCAUUAACUGUCUGCACAGGCCGCCGCCCAACUGGAAGUACGAGGAUUAUUCACUUUGUGUGCAGAUAGUGUAUGGAACGCGGCUGCUGUCCAAGCCAAAUGUGCUAACCUGCUCCAACGACACCAGUGGUGGCCUUUUCCCACGCCUCAACUUCAGUGCCUGGCUGACCUUCGAUCAGCAUCCCAUUUGCACUCUGCCCAGAGAAGCGCGGCUCACUUUUGUGCUGUACGGCAAACAGGCGGCCAGCGAAGGCGAACCCAAUGCGGAACAGAAUGGCGAGCGGCGUCAGGUGACCACCGAGUUGGGUUGGUGUUCCAUCCAACUGUUCGACUUCAAACGUGUCAUGAUCUGCGGCCCCUACUUGCUGUCCUUGUGGCCCCCAACGACGGAUAAAAUGCUGGGACCAGCUCCGGCGCGCGGUUGUCAUCCGCAUCCCGACUUUUGCCCUGUUCUGAGCGUUGAGGUGCCACCGUAUGGAGGCCGCAUUGAGUUCCCUGAGCACCAGGAGGUGCCCAAGCCUGCGCCACAUUAUGACUUUGCUUCGCUGGAUGCCAACCUGCAGGAGGAGCUGCUGGACACCGCUGAACUGGGUUACACGGGAGCCACAGAGCGACGGGAGGUGUUCUGGGAGAAGCGUUUGUAUCUGCAGAACUAUCCCAACGCGCUGCCCAAGGUCUUGCAUGCCGCUCACAGUUGGGACUAUGCCAAUCUGAUCGAUUUGCAUGCUCUGCUGCAUUCGUGGGCACCGCUGUCGCCAUUGCAAUCGCUGGAGCUGCUGUUGCCCCGCUAUCCGGACGCCAAGGUGCGCGAGAAGGCCGUAGAGUGGAUCUCAAAGAUGCCCAACGACCAGCUGGUGGACUUCCUGCCCCAAUUGAUGCAAAGUCUGAAGCAUGACACAUACGAGGGUUCGGCCAUGGCGCGAUUUCUGCUGUCCAAGUGCCUGGAGUCGCCGCGCUUCGCCCACCACAUGUAUUGGCUGUUGGUGCACAGUCUGCCGGAUGAUCCGCACAACUCCAUCGGGGCCGCCAUGGUGGACCAGGAGUACGACGAGUCGCAGGUCACCCAGGCGCGCUACUACCGCCGCAACAAAAUGAUGCUGCGCGCCCUGAUGGCAAUUUGCGGCGAGAAGAUGCUGCAGCGCUUCAUGUACCAACAUCGCAUGUGUCAGAAACUAACUACCAUAGCGGAGUCUGUCAAAGAGGCUAAGGAAUCGAUGCGGCAAAAGAGUUUGGCCGCUGGCAUGGACGAAGUGCAUCAGGAUCUGCUGGAGAAGCCCACUUGCCUGCCGUUGGGACCCGAACUGGAGGUAAUUGGAGUGAGUGUGCGCAAUUGCAGCUACUUUAACUCCAACACGCUGCCGCUGAAGAUCAAUUUCGUGGGACCGGAUGCCGAGUCCUUACCAGCUAUCUUUAAGUGCGGCGACGAUUUGCAGCAGGAUCAGUUGACCAUACAACUGAUUCGGAUAAUGAACAAAAUGUGGUUGGCCGAGCGCUUGGACCUGAAAAUGGUGACAUUUAAUUGUGUGCCCACAGGAUACAAGAGCGGUAUGAUCGAGCUGGUCAACGAGGCGGAAACGCUGCGCAAAAUCCAGGUGGAAUGCGGACUGACGGGUUCGUUCAAGGAUCGCCCAAUUGCCGAGUGGCUGGGAAAGCAGAACCCCAGUCCGCUGGAGUACCAGAGUGCAGUGCGAAACUUCACCUUGUCCUGUGCUGGCUACAGCGUGGCCACCUAUGUCUUGGGCAUCUGUGAUCGCCACAACGACAACAUCAUGCUGAAGACUUCGGGACACUUGUUCCACAUUGACUUUGGCAAGUUCCUCGGCGAUGCGCAGAUGUUUGGCAACUUCAAGAGAGAUCGCACCCCGUUUGUCCUGACCUCCGAUAUGGCUUAUGUGAUCAAUGGCGGCGACAAGCCCUCCACCGACUUCCACUAUUUCGUGGACCUCUGUUGUCGGGCCUUCAACAUUGUGCGAAAGAAUGCCGAUCUGCUGCUGCACACGCUGGCCCACAUGGCUACCGCCGGAAUGCCGGGUGUCAACUCAAAUGCCGUGCAAUACGUGCGACGUGCUCUGCUGCCCUCACAAUCGAAUCCCGAGGCUGCUGCCACCUUUGCCAAGAUGAUUCAAUCCUCGCUGAAAAGCUGGUUCACGCAGUUCAACUUCUUUCUGCACAAUCUGGCUCAGAUGCGAUUCACCGCCGACGAGGGAACCGGAGAACUGCUCUCGUUUGUGCCUCGAAAAUAUACAAUGCAACAGGAUGGCCGCUUAAAGAUUGUAAAGGUGGUGUGCUUCCAGAAGCACUACAGCAUGGAAAAGUUCUACAUGUACAUUCUGGAGGUGACGCGACAUGGACAGCCCGAUCCAACGCACUUGUUCCGCUCAUAUCGCGAAUUCACCGAAUUCCAUCAGAAGUUAUGCAUGCACUUUCCCCUGAUCAAACUGCACAGUCUACCGGCUGGCGUGCAUGUGGGACGUUCCAAUAUCAAAUCUGUAGCAGAAAAACGACUACCUCUUAUACAGCGAUUUUUGAAAUCGCUGUUUGAUGCGUCCGAGGAAAUAGCUCAUUCGGAGCUCGUGUACACAUUCUUCCAUCCCUUGCUGCGCGAUCAGCAGGAGGCGAAAUUGGGGAUGCCGAAGAUAAAGGAGGUGAAGCGACAACCGUCGCGGGAUAAUCCCAACGAGAUUGGCCAAAUUCGACUAUCGCUGCAAUAUCAACGCGGCGUACUUACUGUGAUGAUACACCACGCCAAAGGGCUGCCCAUGCUACAGGGCGGUCAGGAGCCCAACACGUAUGUGAAGUGCUACCUAAAACCAGAUCCCAAAAAGGAGACCAAACGCAAGACCAAAGUGGUGCGAAAGACCUGUGUUCCCAGUUUCAUGGAAACGUUGGAGUACCGCAUGCCCCUGAAUAUUAUUCAAGAGCGCCGAUUGCAAGUCACCGUCUGGUCACACGAUACGCUCCAGGAAAACGAGCUGCUCGGAGGCUUCGAGUUGGAUUUAUCGAAGCACGAUCUGCGCCAGGAGCUCUGCGAUUGGCAUCGCCUGGGAUCGGUGCCUAGGAACUGACUCUGAACCACUUGGGACACUCUGCCUACCGACAAUCAGGCCUAGGAUUAUGCAAUACUAAUAUAUGUUUGUGCCUGUCUUCUCUUGAUCGCAAUAAUACUUACUUACUCGAAGUGAUUGUACAUUCCGUAUACAAAUUUAUAAAUAACUUAACUGACAGUAGAAAAGUGUUAUUUCUUUCAAUAUGUGCCUCAGAUGUAAAUAUUUUAUAGCUACCACACAAAAUUCUUUCAAAAUUUAAACCUAAUUAUACCUCUAAAGUGUAACUUUACCCCUGUUUUCUUCAUAUAAGAUUUAUAAUCAAUCAAUUAAUUUUUAAUAGGCACUUUGGGAAUUCAGAAUAUUGAUUAUAUUGGUAGUUGUUAGUUCGAAACAUUCUGUUGUAGGUAAAUGUUCUUCUGGAGUAGUUAAAUAAAUGUUCAGUAUUAUGGCUAAAAAUCUAUUUUUGUAAUAGAGCUAUAAGAGAUUAUGGAAACCCCAUAUACUUCAAACACUUUAAUUCAGUUAAAGAUUGAAAUUCUAUUUGACACUAAAUAUACAAAUAAAAUGCACUUUUCCCUUUCUAAAAUGUUUUAAGGUAAAUAGAAAAAUUGAAUUUUUGUAUGUACUUUGGCAUAGAACAUAAACUGCAUUACGCACACACAAAUUAAACUACUUAUCGAAAAACAAAAAAAAAAAUUUCUACUCUUCACUUUAUGCUUUCAAUAUGUCAAUAAGAUUGCACUUUUGGCAAGCGUCUGUGCUUGGGUCUUUACUUAACUCCUUCAACAAAGUUACACGAUAAUAGUAAAUAACUAUCAAAGCGAACAAGUACUAAAAGUGUCUUAACAAAUUAAACGAAUAUCGACAAAUAUGAAUAAGAGCAUACAUCGCAAUCUACAGAUUAUAUUUUUAUAAAAAACAACAUUUAAGUGCUACGUCUGCCUGAGUAUUUUAAAUAGUACUUCGAUACUGAUAAAAACUUUAUCUGUAAUGUAUCUAAUGUUUUUUAUAAAAAUAAUACAAAUUUAAGGACAAAUUAAAUCUUUUCUGUAAAUCCUGACGAAUUAUAAAACUGUAAAUCUGAUAUAAUAAUCAUUUUUGGCACAAAUAUAUAAGCAUAACAAAAUAAUAAAA